AAACUGUGCUUUCAUGUCCUAUCAGAUCUCCUCCUCCUUCUCCGUCGCCCUGUACCUCAGCGUCCGCGCGCUAUUGUUUUGGGGAUCCCCCGCUGGACGUACACGCUGUCCAGCGCUAAAGGAGCAGCGCGAGCGAACAAAGGGGCGUCCUCGGGCGCGCUGAUUGGCUGCUGCGCUAGCUGAGGUCUGGAACAGCAGAUGGGGUAUUCCUCCUCUUCAAACGCCCCCCUCAAACUGCGAUUGUUCCCGAUGCGAGCACAGGAGCUCGGUUUGGGUUGGAAUGACAGAAGCCUUGGUUUGUUCAUAGCGUCGCGGAUGGUGGCUUCGUACAGUUUUGUGUCGUCUGGAGGGAUAAAAGCACAGAUAAGGACCCUCCAGAAUUUUAUCUGAGCGACGGACAUCGGGCAUCUGGAGACUGAGAGCACAGAUCUGCGAGAGAGAGAGAGAGAGAGAGAGAGAGAGAGGGAGUCCUUCCAUGCAGUCGUGGCUAAGAUAAAAUGGAUGACAGGAAUAACGGUGUGCGGGUCGGAGAGAAUAAAUUCAUCAGCAAGAGCAGCAUUCUCUCUCAUUUAAAGACCUACAAUCUCUACUAUGAAGGAAAGAACCUGCAGUUACGUCACAGAGAGGAAGAGGAGGAGCUGAUCAUUGAAGGACUUCUCAAUAUCUCAUGGGGUUUGCGUCGACCAAUCAGGCUUCAGAUGCAGGAUGACCAUGAGCGAAUCAAACCUCCUCCCUCCUCUACCUCCUGGCACUCAGGGUGUAAUCUAGACAACCAGAGUCAGGAUGGUCAGAAACAGACUCCUCAAACUCCGCCUCAGAUGGAAGUGACGCCCCCAGAGGACCAAUCGAGCAACAGCAGAUCACAAGACCAUGAAGAAGAAGAAGAAGAAGAAGAUGCGUGUGACAUCUCCGCUCAGCUUCUUAGAACCAAAAGUGAUGCUGGAGUACUGAGACGGGGCAGGAAACGGUCUCCUAGCGACCAGCGGCGAAUCAGAAGGCACAGAUUUUCCAUCAACGGUCACUUCUAUAACCACAAGACGUCUGUGUUCACUCCUGCGUAUGGUUCUGUGACUAACGCACGGAUCAACAGCUGUAUGACCACGCCACAGGUGCUGCGGGUGUUACUGAAUAAGUUUAAGAUCGAGAACAGCCCAGAUGAGUUCGCCCUCUAUCUCGUUCAUGCCAGCGGAGAGCGUGUUCAGCUAAAGCGUACAGACCACCCGUUAGUAGUGAGAAUACUUCAGGGACCAUGUGAGCACGUCUGCAAGAUCUUUCUCAUGGAGCAGGAUCUGGGAGAGGAGAUUCCCUAUGAAGUGGCGCAGUACAUCAAAUUUGAGAUGCCUGUGCUGCAGAGUUUUAUUAUCAAACUGAAGGAAGAGGAGGACAGGGAGGUGCAGAAGCUGAGAAGCAGAUACAAGUAUCUGCGUUGUACCAUUGAGAAGCAGCUCCAGUGUUCUCCAGAGGGCUCCACCUGUAUGUGACGAGCACUUGCCCUUCUUCAUGUCAAUCAGUGGACUUCCAGACAGAAUCUGAUCAGCCCUUUCUGUCCUAGAUGAUUGUUAAUCCUUAAUAUGCAUUGAUUUAUGCUGAUCAGUGGAUGGUACAUCUUAUAAUAUAAAAAAUCUUUGUAUAUUUUUCUCUACAUAUUCUGGUGCUGUAGGGAAUCACAUGCAGGUACAAUAAUAUAAAAUCACAUUCAACUAAACCAGGGAAUUUCAUCAUCCAGUGAUCACUGGAAAGAGCAAUUAUAAGAAGAAGCACAACGUAACAAAGAUAAACGCAUACAACUUAAGUAUUAUUUGUUUGGUUUAACUCUUUAAAAAGGGUGAUAAUUGACUGAUCACUUCACGUGUUGCAUGUUUUGAGAAUAUAUAUGCGGUCUGAGCCAACCUGUUGUACCAUUACAGUCUGAUUACAACUCCAUUUGACCAACGUCUCUUUUAGACAGUGAUAAGAAAUCUCUGAAUGGUAAGAAGCGAAGUAAAAGACUGUGAAUUUAAAGAUGAUUGAAAACGGACUGAAUAUGUGAAUAUUGUUUGGGAUGUUUGAUUGGGUCAGUUUUGCUGGUAUGAAUGUUUGGGUAUCUGAAGAGUACAGCAUGGCUGUAGUUGCUACGAAAGAGCUUCAUAUUUUUCUUUUACAUUUAGACUCUCAUUCACACCUAUGUCUGGACUCUGUGUUGUCAUCCUUCUGACAUUUUAUCUGGCAUGUGUUUAUAUGAUACUGAUUGUAAAACUGAGAAUAUGGUGAUAAUUAUAUUUAAAUAAAGUAUUAUCAUCAGAAAAA